AUGGCAUCUGCCAUCGCCAACGCAGUCAGAGUCAGACAAGUACAAGCGACAGCAGCAUCAUCACAAGACACAUCCCCGGGAGACCACAGCAUACCAAGCAGCAACGGUCUCGGCCCCAGCACCAGCACACCGGGGAGCAGCACCACCGCCGAAGACACGACAACAACCAACACCACCACCGUCCUCAUCGUCGUCAUCAUCCUCUGCGGCUCCGCAAUCAUGUCGGCCGCCCUCUUCUACAUCUUUGACCGCAAAAAGAACCGCCAGUUCCGCGAGGCGUGCAAGCGGGAUCCGUACCUCACCCGCAAGGAGUUCACGCGGCGGCGCAAGCUGAGCGCCCUCGAGCGCCUCGAGGAGGAGGAGCUGCAGCGCAGCAUCAUGAUCCGCAAGUCGCUCGCCAGCAAGACGCCCUCGCGGUCCACCAGCCGGGGCUCCUCCAGCGAGGAGGACGAGGAGGCGUUCGACCUGGGCACGCUGCGGCGGCACGCGGCGCUGGCGAGGAUGCCGGAGCCGCCGUGCGAGCACCGCGAUAACCUCCAGCAGCAGCGCCAACAGCAGCAAUACCACAACCAGCACGAGCAGGCGAUGAUGGGGAGCGAGUGGGCGCCCAGCGAGGCGCGGCGGGCGCGGUCCGACUCGGAGUCCUCGUCCUCGCGGCAGAGAGCGUACGCCGAGCCACAUCCGGGCGUGGAGGUGGAGAUCCCGUUGCCCCCGCGAUCGAGGACGCCGUCGCCGACGCGGACGCUGAUCAGGAAACCGGUGCCCCCACCUGCUACGCCGGUGGUGGUUUACAUGCCCACCGGCAGUGGCAGUGACGUGUCGAGGGCGUUGCCACCGCUGCCGAGGCCGUCUGAUGCGCCGGUGCAUUUGCAGUGA